AUGCGGUUGCUUACGGCGCUCUUUGCGUACUUUAUUGUCGCCCUUAUUUUGUCUUUUUCCGUCUCCGCGAAGAACACCGUACAUCUUGUCGCGCACACCCAUGACGACAUGGGGUGGCUGAAGACGGUGGAACAGUAUCAAUACGGCCUGAACAACACUAUCCAGUUAGCAGAUGUGAACGGCAUUAUCUCCAGCGUGAUUGCCGGAUUACUGUUGAAUCCCAAGAGAAAGUUCACCUAUGUUGAGAUUGGUUUCUUCUCUCGGUGGUGGAAAGAACAGGGGGAGGAAAUGCGGAAUAUUGUGCGGAAUCUUGUUGCCAAAGGCCAGCUACAGUUUGCAAAUGGAGGGUGGUGCAUGCACGAUGAGGCCACCACACAUUUCAUUGACAUGAUCGAUCAGACGACUAUUGGUCACCGCUGGCUGUGGCGCGAGCUGAAGGUUGUGCCCCGCGUGGGGUGGCAGGUCGACCCGUUUGGCCACAGUGCCACGCAGGGGGCGAUGCUAACGGCCCGCGCAGGGUUUGUUGGAACGUUCUUUGCCCGUGUGGACUACCGGGAUUUUGAGUACCGUGCAAGCACGGGACGACGACAGUUCUGGUGGCAGCCGAGCCCUUCACUGCCAGAGCUGCAAACAUUUGCGGAGAUAAAUCUUCACCAAACGUAUUGCCCCCCGAGCAAAUUUUCGUGGGAUGUUGUGGAUUACUGGAUAAGCGCUGUAAGAAAUACUGACCCACUCAAUUUUGUUGAAGAUAAAUCUUCUGAAAAUUACAACAUCCCUUUUAUACUUGAGCUUUUCAAGACGGAGGUACGAAGGAAUGUGGGACAGACGCGUGGAAAGAAUAUCAUGUGGACCAUGGGCUGUGACUUUAACUAUUUUGCAAGUGAGCUGUGGUUUGGCAAAAUGGACAGACUCAUUGAAAUCGUCAACGCUGAUGGGGAGUUUGAAGUGCGCUACUCCACCCCGUACGAGUACGCAAUGGCAAAACGCGAAGAACAUUCCGAGGGUAUUGUGUACGACACCAAAAAAGGGGAUUUCUUUCCGUAUGCAAGUGCUCCACAUGAGUACUGGACUGGUUACUUCUCUUCGCGCCCCGCGCUGAAGCGACUUGUGCGACGACUAAGCAGCUAUUGGACGGCUGCGCGACAAGUGGAGUUUUUGGCCGGUGUGCCUACCGGUGAAGUGCCAAUGCUGAGUGAUGCCCUUGCCAUUGCACAGCACCACGACGCUAUAACAGGUACAGCAAAGCAGCAUGUGGCCUUUGAUUACGCGAAACGCCUCACAGAGGCCUAUAAGGAAGAUCUUUCGGUUCGGUUACGUCCUGCGCUUUCGGGAUGUCCUUUUGGGUUUGAAAAUGCCCAGCACUGUCUCUUAUCUAACGUGUCGGUGUGCUCCGCCACUGCCAAGGCAUUUGAAAAGGAAGGGGCAGUUGUUAAUGUGCUUGUGUGGAACCCAAAUGCUCACUCUGUCCAGCGGACAAUUGUACAUAUUCCUGUUCCGCGGUCCGAUGUCAUUAUAUCGGGCGAAGGCGUCUUGCGGUACUCCGUGUUUGAAUCACCAGUGCAGAUUAGUGACUAUGCGAAUGAGAACAGAGAGUGGCAGCCUUAUACAUUAGGGGUGGAACUUCAACUGGUGAGGCUCACACUAUUAAAUCUCUUUACUCCCCAAUUGAAAUUUGCUACCAAAAAGCAUAAUUCCCGGUUGGUUUCGCUUGUGCGACCAUCGGAAGACGAUUUGGAAAUAUCAAAUGAGGCCCUCGUGCUUAAGUUUGGACGUAACGGCCUAAUACAAAGUGUCACUGUUCGAUCAAGUGGCCAAACGGUGGCAGUGAAACAGGAUUGGUGCUACUAUAUCAGCAAUGAUGGAGAUACUGUCAGUUUAAGCCCCGGUGGUGCCUACAUUAUGCGUCCUGUUUCGAAUGCCACGUGCAACCCGAUAACAGAUUCCCCUGUGGAGCUCCGUCUUGUGGAUCGCAGGAUGGGGGUUGUGGAGCAACGCUUUGGGAAGGACCUUGUGCAACGGGUAAUUCUUCGCGGUGAUCUUGUUGAUGUGGAGUUUACCUCUUUUGGCAUUCCCAUUCACGAUAACUUUGGCCGCGAGCUUGUUGCCCGAUUCCGCACCUCCGUGGAGAGCGGGGAUGUGUUUUACACGGACAGCAACGGAAGAGAAAUGCAGCGUCGGCGUGUGGACCACCGCAGCGACUACCCCUUUACGCAGACGGAACCCGUGGCGGGUAAUUUCUACCCAGUGACUUCGGUUUUUUUCAUCAACGACACCCAAACGCAGUUUAACGUAUUUCCUGAUGCCCCAAUGGGCGGCACGAGUCUUCAGAGCGGUGAGGUCCUUUUUGUGGUUCACCGACGUCUUUUACGUGACGACUUUAAAGGCGUGGGGGAACCUCUAAACGAAACCGCUUUUGUCACAAGCUACGCGGAUUGUGUGAUGACAAAUACAAGUAAUUGUGGCCAUCAUUACGGCCCUCCCCUGCGUGUUCGCGGCACGCUGUCAUUUUCAGUGUCACGGAGUGGACCAACAGCGAUGCGGCGUGUGCGUGAGCAACAGGAUGAGAACUAUUAUACGCCACUUGUCAUGUUUUCCUCAUCUUCUACUGAUGCUGCAUCCACAAUUGCGCGGUAUAACACGUCUUUUGGAUUUUCGCUGCCGCCAAGCCUGCAGGUUGUCACACUGCAAUUAAUUGAUCAGCAGAAUUUGCUCUUGCGUCUUGGACACCGUUACGCUGUGAGUGAGGACCCUGAACGCUCGUUGCCUGUCGAAGUGGAUCUAAUGACAAUCUUUAAAGAAUUUCACUGGAUAACUAUCUUGAGCAUCGAUGAAGUCUCUUUAACAGCGGUGGAGAUAGUGCAACGCCAGAUCCAAAAAGUGACGGUGCGUCCAAUGGAUAUCCGCACAUUUAUUUUUUAUAUAAAAGCACAUUGA